UUUUUUUUAACAACAAAAAUUUAAUUUAACGUUGUCUGCAGCAACCUUCGAGCCACCGCCUCCUCGUUGAGGCUCCUCUCCUUAACGCUUCAUUCCAUUCCAUUGCCGAAAAUGGUGAAGAAGAGCAAGAAGAGUAAGAGUAAGAGGGUUCCAUUGAAGAAGAAGUAUAAGAUCAUAAAGAAGGUGAAGGAGCACAAGAAGAAACAGGCCAAGGAAGCCAAAAAGCUUACUUUGAGUGGCAAGAAGAAGGUUGAGAAGGAUCCUGGUAUUCCCAAUGAUUGGCCCUUCAAGGAGCAGGAGCUCAAGGCUCUUGAAGCACGCCGAGCGCGCGCUAUUGAUGAAUUGGAGCAGAAGAAAGCCGACCGCAAAGAAAGGGCUCGAAAAAGGAAAUUGGGGUUGCUAGAGGAUGAUGAUAGCUCCAAGGUGGUUGAUAGUAAUGAAAACACUACUUUUGUGAAGACCAGAGAUACCUCUGAUAAGGCCUUUUACAAGGAUUUGGUGAAGGUCAUUGAAGCCUCUGAUGUCAUACUAGAGGUCCUUGAUGCCCGAGAUCCCUUGGGUACCCGUUGUGUUGAUAUAGAGAAAAUGGUGAUGAAAAUGGGACCUGAUAAACAUCUUGUGUUGCUUUUAAACAAAAUUGAUCUUGUCCCUCGAGAAGCUCUCGAGAAGUGGCUCAAAUACCUUAGAGAAGAAUUGCCUACUGUGGCUUUCAAGUGCAGCACCCAGCAACAAAGAUCAAACCUAGGGUGGAAAUCUUCUAAAACAGCCAAAUCAAGCAAUACUUUGCAACUAAGUGAUUGUCUUGGAGCUGAUACUCUCCUCAAAUUGUUGAAGAAUUACUCAAGAAGUCAUGAGAUCAAAAAGUCAAUCACUGUGGGUUUGGUUGGCCUGCCCAAUGUUGGUAAGAGUAGUCUUAUUAAUAGCUUAAAGAGAUGCCAUGUUGUCAAUGUUGGUGCUACUCCUGGGUUAACAAGAUCAAUGCAAGAGGUUCAAUUGGACAAAAAUGUUAAAUUGCUGGAUUGUCCUGGUGUCGUUAUGCUGAAGUCUAAAGAAAAUGACAGUUCUACCGCAUUAAAGAAUUGCAAGAGAAUUGAGAAAUUAGAGGAUCCAAUUAGCCCAGUGAAGGAAAUUCUCAAGCUUUGCCCGUCCAGGCUGCUGGUUACUCUUUAUAAGAUUCCAAGUUUUGAUUCUGUUGAUGACUUCCUACAGAAGGUCUCAACAGUUAGGGGCAAGCUCAAGAAGGGUGGAAUAGUUGACACUGAAGCUGCUGCCAGAAUUGUUCUUCAUGAUUGGAAUGAAGGUAAAAUUCCAUAUUAUACCAUGCCCCCAGUGAGGGAUCAAGGGGAACUUUCAGAGGCCAAGAUAGUUUCAGAGUUUGCUAAAGAGUUUAACAUUGAUGAUGUCUACAAUAGUGAAACAUCAUUUAUUGGGAGCCUUAAAUCUGCUGACGCCUUCGAUCCUGUUGAAGUUCCGUCAAGUGGCCCUCUCAACCUUGAUGAGGCGAUGCUAGAGGAUGAUCAGCAAGUUAAACCGUCAGAACAAGAGGAUCCUGAGAACAUGGCUGACAAUGAUAGUGAUGAAGCUAUGGAAGAUGAUAAUGGUGAUGCUAGCAAGAACAAGGGGAACAGUGCAGCUAGUAGACAAAAUGAGAAAUUAUAUACAGCCGAUGGUAUACUUAAUCCGAAACUUAGGCGAGCAGAGAAGAAGAAAAGGAAAAAGGAUAAAAAAGCCACAUCAGAUCCCAUGGAUGAUGAUUAUGACUUCAAAGUUGAUUACUUCAAAAAGGGAUCCACAAUGGAUGCUGAAGGGAGCAACAAUGAGGAUGAAGAUGAUGAACAAGUCAACUCUGAGGUGCCAAUGUCUGGUAUUCAGGUUGAUGAAUGAUUGGUCACCAUUGAAUCUUUAUUAAGUUUUUUUUUUACUUCAUUUUAUUUACUAUCCAGUAUUUCUCAGGCUCGUUUUUUUCUUAGUUUAGUCGUGUUAUAUAGCAUAACUGCUGAAAAAAUAUAUCUAUAUUCGCUUCUGAACCCAGGAAAGGUGGCAAUUUUGAAACACGUAUACUAGUCUGUUUUCUUAGGAGAGAUAUAUGAAUAUUUGUACCAGCUAUUUGCUGUUUAUUAUCUAUCUUGCAUAUAGUUUUCAUUAUCGUCUAA